UGGCAACGAAGGUAACAGUAAAAGCGCUGCAGUGGGUCUUCCUUUCACUCUCACACUCUUCUCCCACUCCCCACACUAUAAUUAUUGAACCAUUUGGGCCUCUAAAUAAAUAUGUGAAGCCACCUCAAUAUUCCUUGUUCAUGAGUUGUGACUACUUACAACAAAAGCACUUUGUUCACCUCAACAUUACUCCUUCUGAAUUCAGUUGUGACUUAAAACAAAAGCAAUUGUUCAUCGGUUUGAUUCUUGCUAGAUUUUAUCAAACACUUUGCUGUUUGCUGCUGCUGCUGCAGUAUGAUCACGGAUAAGAAAGCUGCAAAUGCAAUGGGAGGCAACACGGCUCGAGCUUGCGAUAGCUGUUUGGUGAAACGGGCACGAUGGUUUUGUGCUGCUGAUGAUGCUUUUCUUUGCCAAAGAUGUGAUGCCUUGGUGCACUCGGCGAACCAGUUAGCAAGCAGACACCAGAGGGUUCGGCUCCAAGGUUCAUCUGUCAAGGCCAAUGCGUCGGUGCAGCUAAUUGCGGACCAAGCUGCACCGGCUUGGCACAAGGGGUUCAAGCGCAAGGCACGAACCCCUCGCCACAACAAGAAGCCUGGAUUCGCAGCCAAAGAUGAGCAAGAGAAAGUAGGGCUACACCCUCCUCUACCUUUUGUUCCGGAAAUCGGGUGCCAAGAAGCAAAUUUGAUGGAGGAUGAGGAAAAUGAAGAUCUAGAGCGGCUUCUUUAUAGGGUUCCAAUUUAUGACCCUUUUGCGGCCGAGCUUUGCAAUAUUUCUUCAAGUGAUCAGGUUGGGAACAAUACUGGUGCUAUUGAUCUUGAUGACGAAGAGAUUGAGAUCAGAAAUACGGGAAAUGACUUGGACAAUUUGGAAGGGUUUCUACGGUCGGAUAUGGAGCUGGCGGAGUUUGCUGCUGAUGUGGAGAACCUGCUUGGAGGGGGACUAGAUGAGGAUUGUAGUGACAUCAAAGGAAUCCUGGGGCUAUUGGACGAGGGUAAAGAAGUGAAGGUUGAAGAGGAAGUUGAAGGGAUAGAAUUUAAUCCUUCGAUCUUGGAUUGGAACUUGUAUUACGAACAGUCAUCAGCUGUACCGGUACUAAUGGGAAGUGAGGAGGACAAGGAGGAAGAGGAGAAGGUAGUCCUGUUCAUGGGGGCUCAGAGUAGUGAUGAGAUUGGAUUCAUGGAGAACAAGCAAAUAGUGAUGAAGAGGAAGAACAUAUGUUUGAAGCUAGAUUAUGAGGCAGUCAUCACUGCCUGGGCAAGCCAAGGCUCUCCAUGGACGACCGGAACUCGACCGGAGCUCAACCCUGACGAAAGCUGGCUAGACUGCAUGGGUAUGUGGCCUACAGAAAUUCAUCAAGCACACGGAGAUUCAGCAGGAUGUGUAAGUGGAAGAGGAGAUGACCCGCGAAGAGAAGCAAGAGUUUCUAGGUACAGAGAGAAGCGAAGGACACGAUUGUUUUCGAAGAAGAUACGAUACGAAGUUAGGAAGCUGAACGCGGAGAAGCGGCCUAGAAUGAAAGGUCGAUUCGUUAAGAGGACAACGUCCAGCUUUGGUGGGGUGGGAAGUACUAGUAGUAAUGCUCCUGCGGCUGCAUUUCCCUACCUCAUGAUCAAUAAAUAACCGUACAUAGCUGUAGCUGUCGUAUUGAUUUUCAUGAACAUCCCAAUUUUGCUUGUUUAAUUUCAUGGCAAAAUUGGAUUGACAUUGAUGUAUAUGCAAUGUGCCAUAUAUAUAGCCUGCAUUUGUACGAUAAAUGAAGUAACUUGGUAGCUCAUAACUAA